AUGCCGAGUAAUAAGCGACCAAAGGACAAUAAAUCCACAGCGGAGGCCUACUCCCCACUAAACAACGAGACAGACAUGGCGGGAGGCACAACUGAGCAAGACCUGUCAGCAGAGCUCACUGGAGCAGGGAGACAUGCGGUCACCCUUUUGGCGCCUGACAAAAUCAUCACAGCAGCCGAAGUUGAUGUGCAGAGGGAGGAGAUCCUCCGAGCAUCAGGCCUCAUCCUGUCACAGAGGGAGGAAAUGCUCCGAGCAUCAGGCCUCAUCCUGUCACAGAGGGAGGGUAUCCUCCAAACAGCCAGUGUCCCUGCACAGAGAGAGGGGAUUCUCCCAGCAGCUAACAUCACUGUGCAGAGGGAGGAGAUCUUCCGAGCAUCAGGCCUCAUCCUGUCACAGAGGGAGGGUAUCCUCCAAACAGCCAGUGUCCCUGCACAGAGGGAGGGGAUUCUCCCAGCAGCUAACAUCUCUGUGCAGAGGGAGGAGAUCUUCCGAGCAUCAGGCCUCAUCCCUGAAGAGAGGGAGGACAUCCGCCUCACAGCCAGUGUCCCUGCACAGAGGGAGGUGAUUCUCCCAGCAGCUACUGCAGCUUCUAUCACUGUGCGAAAGGAGAAGAUCCUCCGAGCAUCAGGCCUCAUUUCUGCACAAAAGGAGUUGAUCCACCUGAUGGCCAGUGUCACUGCGCAGAGGAAGGGAAUCGUCCCAAUGGUCAGCGUCCCUGCGCACAGGGAGGGGAUCGUCCCAAAGGCUAGUGUCCCUGCUGAGAGGUUGGAGAUCCUCCGAGCAUCAGGCCUCAUCCCGCCACAGAGGGAGGGGAAUGUCCGAACAGCCAGUGUCCCAGCACAGAGGGAUGGGAUUCUCUCAGCAGCCAGCAUCACUGAACAGAGGGAGGGGAUUCUUCCAGCAGCUUCUAUCACUGUGCCGAAGAAGAAGAUCCUCAGAGCAUCAGGCCUCAUUCCUGCACAAAAGGAGUUGAUCCACCUGAUGGCCAGUGUCACUGCGCAGAGGAAGGGAAUCGUCCCAAUGGUCAGCGUCCCUGCGCACAGGGAGGGGAUCGUCCCAAAGGCCAGUGUCCCUGCUGAGAGGGAGGAGAUCCUCCGAGCAUCAGGCCUCAUCCCGCCACUGAGGGAGGAUAUCCUCCAAACAGCCAGUGUCCCUGCACAGAGGGAGGAGAUCCUCCGAGCAUCAGGCCUCAUCCCAUCACAGAGGGAGGGUAUCCUCCAAACAGCCAGUGUCCCUGCACAGAGGGAGGGGAUCUUCCGAGCAUCAGGCCUCAUCCCUGAAGAGAGGGAGGAGAUCCUCCUCACAGCCAGUGUCCCUGCACAGAGGGAGGGGAUCUUCCGAGAAUCAGGCCUCAUCCCAUCACUGAGGGAGGGUAUCCUCCAAACAGCCAGUGUCCCUGCACAGAGGGAGGAGAUCCUCCGAGCAUCAGGCCUCAUCCCAUCACAGAGGGAGGGUAUCCUCCAAACAGCCAGUGUCCCUGCACAGAGGGAGGAGAUCCUCCGAGCAUCAGGCCUCAUCCCAUCACAGAGGGAGGGUAUCCUCCAAACAGCCAGUGUCCCUGCACAGAGGGAGGGGAUCUUCCGAGCAUCAGGCCUCAUCCCUGAAGAGAGGGAGGAGAUCCGCCUCACAGCCAGUGUCCCUGUGAAGAAUGAAAACAUUCAUCCACAACCACCUUCCAUCAUCCCCAUGUUGGCACCACUGCGGAAAUGGGAUGGUGGAGCGUGUACUCCACCUGUGGAUUUCUAUUCCAAGAGAAGAGAUGUCCGACUUAGAUAUGUUGAGCAUCCUGCUAUGAUGUCCAUCACCAAGCCGGAACACUCCGAUGCCAACCCUCAGUUCCAGACUGGCACCCGGCCGGUGGCUGAGCCCGAGGCCCCUGCUGUUCACAAUAACAGUGGAGGCUGGCUGAGCUGGGUCUUUGGGAGUGGAAGAGCUAAUAAGAAGGAGGUUCAUCUACCUGAGGACAAAGACAGAUCUAUUGUCUGGGAUCCAAUUCUGCACAGAUGGGUUAACAAAACUGAGCCCAAGGCUGAAAACAAGUGUGUACCACCACCUCCACCGAUGGGAACACAUGGAUAUCAGGGGAACACUGGCAGUGUCCCCAAAGGAGUGAAUCCCUACUCUAUGAAAGCAGCAGGUCUAUGGGGCAGCAGAUACCCCACAAUGCAUUACAAUGAUGGGACCAACUCAAAGCCUCCAAGCCAUGGGGCUGGACUGCUUCCUAGACAGCUCUCUGGCUUGCUCCCUCCUUCACACUUUGACCUCAUGGCACCAAUGGUUGUGCCACCUGACACUCUACACUACUGAGGCAAUUUUCCCAAAUUGGAUUUGCCAUACAUAGAUUUUUUCAGCAUUAAAAAUGUAUUAAAAUAUGAUCUUUUAAUUAAAUAUCUCCUUUGUGUCCUCAUGUUCACAUGAAUUUGAUGUGUUCUAUCAUCAUUUACAAUUCUUAUUGCUUCUGCAUUUACGUUACUUACUGUACAGACAAUAUUAUAUUAUUAUAUUUUAUUUUAGACAUUACAAAAACAUUUUUUCAUGCUUUCUGGAUUUCUUACAUUUACUUACUGUACAGGAAAGUAUAUUUUAUACACAUAUUUAAACAAAACAAAAACAUUUUAUUUAUGUAUUCCAUAGACGGCGGCAGGGUAGCCUAGUGGUUAGAGCGUUGGACUAGUAACCUGAAGGUUGCAAGUUCAAACCCCCGAGUUGACAAGGUACAAAUCUGUCAUUCUGCUCUCAGUUCUGCACUGUUCCUAGGCCAUCAUUGAAAAUAAGAAUUUGUUCUUAAUUAACCUUGCCUUGUUAAAAAAAGACACAACGGGGGGCGGAGCUAGCAUGUUGUAGUGAACGGUUGUGCGUGAGAGGCUCCUGCAACUUUUUUGCGAAAUAAUCUAAUUUAACCUACUUUAUGGCACUUUUUACAACAAACGUUUCUUUCUAAUACAACUUUCUAUAUGAAAAUGCCGAGUAAUAAGCGACCAAAGGACAAUAAAUCCACAGCGGAGGCCUACUCCCCACUAAACAACGAGACAGACAUGGCGGGAGGCACAACGUGACACUUACAGAACUUACCCGGGCUUUGGGGGAGCUACGUGUUGCUAUAGCUGAGGAUCUUAAGGCCACUAUUGCUGAACUGGACACCAAAAUCGAGAGCAUCAUUCGAACGGUCGCUUCGCAUGGCCAGAGUAUUGUGGACCUUGAGAAAGCUUCUGAAUUCAACGCUGGUAGGAUCGACGAGUUAGAGAAGCUAUGCACGUCAUUGCAGGAUACUGUGCAGACGCUUUCUGUGAAAGUGGUGGACCUGGAGGGCCGAUCCAGACGUAAUAACCUUCGCGUUGUUGGUCUGGCAGAGGGGGUAGAGGCGGGCUCUCGCCCCACCGACUUCUUCGCCAAGCUAUUGAAGGAUGCAAUGGGAUCGGAUGUUUUGGAUUCGGAUCCCCAGCUGGACCGCGCACAUCGCUCCCUUGUCCCAGUGCCUGGACCGGGCAAACGUCCUCGCCCAGUAAUCAUCUGUUGUCACAGUUUCAAGACCAAGGAUCUUAUCCUGCGUGAAGCUCGAAUGAGGGGCAACCUGUCACAUAAAGGGCAUCCAUUCCGUUUCUAUGAGGAUUAUGCGCCCGAUGUGGCAAAGCAUCGCGCCGACUACAGAGAUGUCAUGACCAAACUCUACAAACUCCAUCUUCGCCCAGCCUUACUCUUCCCUGCAAGACUAAGAAUUACCCCGCCUUCCGGUGAGAAGAUUUGGCUCUCCUCGGUUUUGGACGCAGAGAAGUUUAUCCGGGGAUAUACACCAAUCCCCCGUACAGGCCCAAGACAUAAAGUCGCCUGAAAGCUGUGUAGCAAUAAUUCCAGCUUCUGACCAAGAAUCAUGGAUACCUUUCAUACCUUCUCAUCACAAGUUGGAACUAGUGGUCAACAUUGGGACAAUGCCGCCCAAAAUAACAGGGACCAACAUUUUCAUGGAGUGAGCAAGACCUGUCAGCAGAGCUCACUGGAGCAGGGAGACAUGCCGUCACCCUUUUGGCGCCUGACAAAGUACACUUUUUUUCUUCUAAAUAACACUAUAGUAACAUCUUCUGCACAAAGUUACAUUCCUAAUAAGAUUGGUGUUAAGUGAGAAAGAAUCCUAAAGAUGGUCCAAUAGGCAUGGUCUGAAGCCUCUCGUCAUCUCAGUAUGUUGAACCACCUGAUUUCCUGCAGGCUUGAGAUUCAGAUCCUGCUG